UCGCGAGACCUGCGCCUGGCGAGACCAAGGUCGGGUGUGAUUGGUCAGCUCUGCGCAGGCGCGGUCAAGCUUCGAACAUUGUGGCUAAAACAGUAGUAGAUCUUUAACAAAGCCUGAAGAAUAGAUUGUUCUCGAAAAACAAAUUACCAUCACGGAACAGGGUUAAAUCAUCGUAAUGGACCUGGCACAACGGGACAAGCUCUCGGAGCUGGUGGAGGAGCUCACCACAUCUGGACAGCAGCAGCUCAACCAAGAGAAGAUUAAGGAAAUCAAGAAAAUCUGCAGACUAUCUAAGGACUAUGUAGAUCAUGUAUACGACUCUGUGAUGGCACAACUUGAUAAAGAACAUGCAGAAAUCAGACUUUCAGCCUUCCAAAUAGCCAGUGAACUCUUCUCCAGGUCACACCAAUUCAGAAUUCGUCUUGUGGAUAACUUUCAGGAGUUUUUAGAAUUAACUGUGGAGACUGACUCGGAUCAACCUCUCCCGCCACCAAAAGAGGUGGCCAAGAAACUUAAGAUAUCUGCUAUCAAAACCAUCCAAUCCUGGCAAGCUCAAUAUGGAACCGCAUACAAGAAGUUGGCCCUGGGAUACCACUUCAUGAAACAAGUCAAGAAUGUUGACUUUAAUGAUGUUCAGGCCAGGACUGUAGCAGAGAGGAGCCGAGAAAAUGAGAGACAGAGGAGGAUGGAAAGGAUCUACAAAGAUAGGGUGGAGACCGCUGCUAAAGAGAUGGAAGAGUCCCACCAGGAAAUUGAGACGACUGUAACGGAGAUGAAGUCGUGUCUGAAGUUGCUGCUCCCUGAUGAGUUCGGCCUCUCGGACCAAACGGCUCCAGGCCCUGACAGCCGGACCCUGGGAGAUACAGCCACGGGGGGCCGGGGGCCGGCCAGCAGACAGCUUUCUGAGGAGCACCGGCCUGGGUCCAGCCUCACAGCGGAGGAAGCAAUAGGGAAGGAGAAGAAUGGAGGGAACAAUGAAAGGAGACAAGAGGAAGAUGAGAAGAAUUGUCUGGACGCUAGGAUGGAAGAAAAAACUUCACUAGAGACAUUUGAGACGGUGGAAUUGGAAGGAAGAGAGGAGCUUAGAAUGAAACAAGAGGAAAAGGAGGUUGACAGAGAUGAGGAGGAGACUUGGAUGAAUGAUGUUUCUUAUGAGGAUGUUUUCAUUAGAAACUCUGGUCUCAUAUCUCAUUCGUACACUCUGAACAUCAAUGUAGAGUCUGACGUCCAGGUUAAAGAGACAGAUGAUAACGAAGCUGUGGUUUCCACAUUAAUUGAACUCCAUCGCUUGAUCACCACAAAACACCUGCCAGCCGUAAAGAGCUGGGUACAAGUUUUCACCAGGUCGGGCCCCGAGCAGCUGCAGUUGUUGAGGUCAGCGCUCCGACUGAAGAUGUCUUUAGAGUCGCUCCUGAAGAAAGAGAAGUUGCUCCACAUUGAUUACAAGACCAGGAUACGGAAAGUGACUCGGGCCACUGCAGACGUUGAGGAGGAUGAUGAAGAGGAGGAUGAGGAUGACUUUGAGGAAGUUCCAGAGAAGGAAGGGUUUGAACCCCACAUUCCUGACCACCUUAGAGAAGAGUACGGUCUUGAACCCUCAGCAUCCACAUCUGCAGCACCACCCACCCAGAGAGCUCUACCUAAGAGGCCGGCCCCAGUGGUCUCCCCCUCCACCACUGCUAGACAGCUGAGGAGGAGGCUGGAGGAGGAGAGGGAUCCUACCUGUGCGGCCGCCACACUGCAUCUCUUGAAAGGACAAAUGCGUCCCUGCACAGGCCCAAGCCCAAGAGUCUCGGAGCCCCCAAGCCCUGCUGAAGGCUCUGCCCCCGCGGGGGGCGACGGGGCCCCUGAUGCUCCCAUCGUCCCCUUCGGUCUGGACCUGUACUACUGGGGCGAGAAGCAGCCCGGUGCAGGCAAGAUGAUCAAGUCGACAUCCCAGCACCGUUUCUGGGUUCCCAGCGAGGUGGAUGAGGAGACGGAGAACCCAGAGUUGUUGGCUGAGAGCAGCAGCAGAUACAUCUCCUUCCCAGGGACCUUCACCCCCGUCUCCCACCACUGCAACGCACUGCUGGGGAACGGCAGACUGUGCCCCCGUCAGGACCGGGUCAAGUGCCCGUUCCAUGGAGUGAUCGUUCCUCGCGACGCUCGCGGCCGGCCGAGCCGGGCGGAGGACCGGGCACGGGAGGAACAGGAGGAGCGACGGCACAGGGAGAGCCAUCCUGACUGGCAGGAUGUGGAGCUGAUGCAGGACAUUGAGGCGGCGACGGGAGAAGACCUGGGCUCCAAGAGGCUGCUGGGGAAAGGAAAAGGGAAGGGGAAGGGGAAGUACCCCAACCUCAGCAAUCUGAAGAAGAGUGCCAACACCUCCCGGUCCAGGCUGGAAAAUAAAGUUUUCAACAAGAAAUCGGUGCGGCGAGUGUCUGAGGUGAUGACCAAGAUCGACAGUAGGAAACAUGAGAAGUUCUCUAAUCAGUUUAACUAUGCGCUGAACUGAUUGGCUCAUGACCAUAUGCUACAUUUGGGCCUGGUUGUACUGGGGCUGGUCAUGUAUAACAACGUAGACCUACCACGAGAAUGAAGCCGAGCCGAGAUCCAGCGUAAAGAAGGUAAGCAUCAGGAUAAUACGACGAAGAUUAAAAGACCUAUGCAUCAGGAUCAGACGUCUGAAAACGUCUAACCUUAACCCUAACGUCAAGCUAAAUUGUCCCACGAAGCACAUCCUCAAGUUGACCAUUUAAAUAUUACAACGUUUUAUAUGUAAUGUAAAUAUUCUUGUUAAGUUAAUGGAUUUGUGUAUUAAUGUUUAUUAUGAGUUGGCUCAUUCAACCACAUACUAUUAAGCAUUUGAAGUAAUACACUGCACUGUAUAAUGUGUGUUGGUCUUAGAUAAGCAGCGUAUCUAAAAAAUACAUUUCUUUGUUUGCUAUAAUUUUAUUUAUUUUUUGCACUUAACAACAAUGCAGGUUGCAAUACAAUAAUGUAUUAUAUAUAUGGGUAUUAUGCAUCAUACAAGCAAAACAUGUUAGCUGGCAGUGAAUAUUGUUUGUUUGAUGCUCCAUGUUUGAUAAAUAGGCGUUUCUUUUUUUUUCAAAAGUUUCUAUUGUUCAAUUUGGAAAUUAUGUGUUUUCUCCAUUCAGGACCUUGUGGCUUAUCUUUCUCCUCUUUUAGAUAGUAGUUAACUAAUAGUUGACUGAUUAGUUAAAAAUAUCAUUAUUGUUCUAUCAACAUUUUUAAGUAUGUAUUCCAUUAUUAAAUUCUAGAAUAUCA